CCGAUGAAAUGGGGAAAAAAAUCAUUAUAAAUAGAUGGUUCUAGUACACAUAACAAACAAUAUUCCUCUCUGCACCCUGCCUUCCCUGACCAUUCCUCUCUGCUGUACAAUAUUUGAUUAUCAUCAUCAUCAUACACUUGUGAGGCAAUUUCUCUUCUAAAGUAGCCUACAGAUGUACACUAGAUAGCUAGUUUGGUGUGCUAGCUUGUGAUCAAAUGCAACCAUGUGUGUGUUGCUGUUGAGUUUCUGACCAUGUGGGUCACAAGUUUGGUUCUUUCUUUAUUCUUGGGUUUCCUUCAUUAGCUUCCACUUCAAGUUCUUGAGCCAUCAUUUCUUAAGUUAUCAGUCUCUAUAUAAGCACUCAGAGAUGAUGAACAUGAAGAGCAAGCCUGCAGGAGUGUUUGCUCCAGCGCGAGGAAUUGGAGGAGCUGGCCUAGAGGGGUAUGCACCUUGGGAGAUGAGGCCAGGGGGAAUGCUGGUUCAGAAAAGGAAUUCUGAUGCUGAUCAUGGUUCGGUUGUGGUUCCGGUUUUUAAAGUGAAAGUGAAACAUGGAUCAUUGUUUCUUGAAUUUAGUAUCAGUUCUCAAGCAAGCUUUGGUGAUUUGAAGAAAAUGGUGGCAGGGCCUACUGGUUUGCACCCUGAGGAACAGAAGCUAAUAUUCAAAGAUAAAGAACGAGAAUCGAGAACAUUUCUUGAUGUUGCAGGUGUUAGUAAUGGUUCUAAAAUUGUGCUGAUUGAGGAUAUUGAUGCAAGGGAAAGAAGGUUGUUGGAAGCGCGAAAAAAUGCUAAAAUUGAGAAGGCGUUGAAGGAUAUAGCAGAGAUUAGUCUGGAAGUUGAUAAGUUUGCUAAGCAGGUAAUAAAUUUAGAAACACAAGUCUGCAGUGGCAAGAGGGUUAUGGAGAAAACUCUGUUGAAUCUGGUUGAGCAGUUGAUGACACAGUUGAUCAAACUCGACGAAGUUGCAGGUGAUGGAGAUGUCAAACUGAAGAGGAGACUACAGGUGAAGAGAGUGCAAAAAUACAUAGAAACUCUAGAUGUGCUCAAGAUCAGAAACUCGACGAUUGAGAAUCCGCCACUGCAGCAGCAGCAGAAAAUUACAGCUGGGGAAAAAAUGCAGAUAAAUCCGAAUCAGAGGCAACAAGAACAGAACAGAAAGCACAGAUUGGCUAUGGUGAAGCCAGUUGUGGUAACUUCAAACUGGGAAACAUUCGAUGCUGGCAUGUCGACAAAAAUGUCGUAUCAGAACUCUGAAUCUGCAGUUAAUUAUGGAACUAAUAAUACAAGUUCUAGGCCUAGGUGGGAGUAUUUUGUGUAAAACUAUAUCCAUAAAUUGCGAUUUAUAAAUAUAAGUGAAUCGCAAUUUCUGUUCCGUUUAAAUUAGUACGGAACAGAAAAACCGUUAAGAAUUAUUACACAAGUGAUCGAAAUCUGAGCUAUUUAGCGUUUGAAAUCUGAGCUAUUUAGCGUUUGAAGUAGUGUUUGGAGCUAUGUAACGAUCGGAGAAUCGAUAAGUGAUUUUUCUAAUAAGAAGCGAGUAAUAUUCUUGAUAUUUGCUA